AUGCACUUUGAGAAGUCACCAAAGGAAAAGCCGUGUUGCACCCUGCCCACAGUAAAGAAACUUUUGGAGCAGAAGAGAAGACGUGAGACGUCAGCGGUGCCACCAGCCUGCUCUACUGCAAACACAAGUCCUGUUCCGCCGCCUCCUGUUACCGAGCUGUCUUCAUUAGAACAAUUUAGCUAUACAGGUGCAACAAGUGGCUACUCAGAAAUGGCAAUGAGCUAUGAGCAGUGGCCCACUGUGCAUGAGUCUACGCUUGGCUACUACAAUCCAGGACCCAGCUACGCUGCAGCCUACAACCUCCCAGUGACUCCUGAAUACAACACACAGCAGCAGGUUUGGAUAAUGGCUAUACAUUACUUAAAUAGUUAUCAAGAAUGCACAAUGCCAGUUGUGGAUCACAGUAUGGCGUCUUGGUCACUUCUUGGUCCUUGCCAGACCACACAGCUGAGUUUUGGUCCAUCCAUGGAUGCCAGCAAGCUGGAGGAGGCCAGGAUGCUGCUCAGCGGGAUGGACUACAGCAGAGCCAUUUGUCAGGAUGAAGACGGAGAUACCAUCCUACACAUCUACACUGCCAAGGGACUCAGGGAGCACGCCUUUGCUGCAGCGGAAAGGCUGAGGGAGGUGGGGAAGCUCGACGCCAAAGAACACAAGGGAAAGACUGCUUUAUUAGUGGCCGUGACCGCGAACCAGCCAGAGAUUGUGCAAGAUCUGUUGUCAUUGGGGGCGGACAUCAAUGCCUGCAACAUUAAAGGAGAAACUGCACUUCAUCUUGCUGCCCACUAUGGAUUUCCUAGAGUUCUGCAGGCAAUUCUGUCGAUCAGACCAUCUGUAAACCUGGAGGCCCGCAAUUUUGAGGGUAUGACUCCUCUGCACUGUGCAGCCAUUUCUCACAGUGUCACCAUGAAGGCUUUGUUCUCAAAUGGGUCGACAGAUGUUCAUGUUCAGGCCAAAGCUGCUGAGAAACUGUCCUGUGUUCAGAUGCUACUCACUGCAGGGGCAUCCCUACUCAGCCAGGAAAUCAAAAGUAACAAGACUGUGCUGCACUUGGCUGUAAAGGAGGGGAAUAUUGAUCUGGUGCGCUAUCUGCUGAGGAUUCCCCUGCCAAACAUGAAAGACUUUGUCAAUAUGAAAGCUCAUGGUCACACAGCUUUACACAUGGCAGCUGGUCUCCACAGUAACCCCCACCAAGUGGACAUCCUACAGCUGCUUCUCAGCAAAGGAGCUGAUCCCAGUAUUCGCAAUCUGGAGAAUGACCAGCCAGCUCACCUGCUGCAGAGUGGCCUGCAUGGAGAGCAGAUCAAGCUCAUGCUGAAGAAGCGAAGCACUUCUUCCCGCCGCCGUAUAAUGCCCCCCCAGGGCCAGGAAUGAUAUAAACCACUUGUAAUCCCGAUUUAGAGGGAAUUAUUCUCGAUUGUUUCUUCUGUUUGGAAGGGAAAUACAUUUUAUUUAUUUACUUUUUUUUCUAUUUUGGGAGUCUUUGGCCUGUGUAUUUACAAGCAUAACACAAGUUACUUUGUAUUAGACCAAUUGGGUGUCCAUCCAUAGAUAAUUUAUGGCCAGUUCUUCCUCGGGUCACGGUGGUCGACCUGUCACACAGGCUCACACUCACCCCGAGGAUCAAUCUGGAAUCACCAAUUAGCCUAACUAGACAAAUUAAUAAUUCUUUAAUUCUUUGUACUUCACAUUUAUAAAGCUACAGUGACAUAUUAAUUAUUUUUUUGACACACAAAGUACUGGUUUCAAAUAGUAAUUUAUUUGAAAUAAAAAAAAAAUUAAGUCACAACAAAUUAGUUUCAAGAGAAUGGCUAUGGAGUACUAUAAUGUUAUAAAAGAUGGAGUAAUUUUUUUAAAUUUUAUCUAGGCUUGUCUCUCAUAUUUAUGUUGAUUUCUAUGAAAUCGUGAAAAUAAGUUCCAGGACAAAGUCCCUGAAUCCCCUCUGACUCUAUAGUUGAGCCCCCAACAAUAAGGUAUCAUAGUGAUACUCUGAGUGAUGGUUUUGAUAUUACAUUUACACUUGCAUGUGAACUCAUGUAUUCAUUUAUUUAAAAUGAAAAUAAUUACUAUCUUUGUGUAUGCAUCAUACAUACUUGCAACUAAUGUCAACUCUUUUGUUUAAAAGUUUUGUUUUUGAUUAUAAAAAAGAAUAUUCUGUCUUAUCAUAGACAACAAGAGUGAUGACACAUUGUAUGAUUCACAGUAAAUUUUGCCCAUGAGUCAUGAGCAAAAGUACAAUAACAGUUUCAUCAGAUUGUUUUGAUGUUUCCACCUACUUUUUGUUAUAUGCCAAUGAAACAUAAUCAGAUGUGGGAUGAGAAAAGUAACUUAAUGUCUCUCACGUGUCAUCUCUGACCUUAAACAUGAUGUAAUUUCCUGUACACCACAAAGCAAAGAUCAAUUUCAAAAGUAAACCAUGUGAUUACUUUAUUUCUCUCAAUUAAUUGUAUUAGUAUAUUUUCUUAAAUGAUUUCAAGUAAUUGGUAAUGCAGGUUAUUGUUAGAUUAAUUUAGAGACUAUUCAAAGGUUUUAUUUGCAUAGAGUUACACAUUCUAACAACUUUUUUUACAAGGGUCCACAGAAAAUUUGAGGAUCUCAAAUAUAAUAUUUCUGCCUUUUUAAAGCUAUUUUAGUAUGUGAGGCAUUAUGGUAUGUUGUCUUAAUUUUUUGAAGCGAUUCAUUUCAAGCAUUUAACAUGUGAUUUAUUCUAUUUAUUGUAUUCUUAAGCUAUUUCAAUCCAGAUGGAACAUACAAUUAUGAUAAAUCAAGGAACGGGACAAAUGCCUCAUUUUGUAUU